AUGAAUUUGGAUCCCAAGUUUCCUAGGAAACGCGAGAGUCGUACACGCGCCCCAACAGCUUGCCAGACCUGCAGAUUGCGAAAGACCCGGUGCGACAAUACUAGGCCCGUCUGUAGCUAUUGUGCAAUACAAGGGGUGGAGUGUGUUUAUCCCGAAGCCUCGCCGCAUCCAGUUCAGACGAAUUUUGAGUCUGCCAAUCAUGAGAUCCUCCAGAGGCUAGGGCAGAUUGCUUCGCUCCUGGAAGAUCUUAAGCAAGAUAGCGGGUCGAGUUCUUUGUCCGGUCGUUCAGCCAGGGGCUCGCUCCUAGAGUUAGCUACUGGUACACAGAAUUCGAGCCCCCUGGCAGAUCCAUUCGCGAGUCGCAAUCAUCCAGGAAGUGCCACGAGUAUCGAGGACCGGGCUGAUGACCACGAUCCCUUGACCUUAUAUGCAGCCAAUUCUCCGGAGUAUAUGCUUCGCUGGCCAAUAUUCAAUCGGGUCAUUCCCGAAUCAGAGAGACAUGUUCGAUCUUUCUUACUCGAUUCCUUGGACAAUCAACCACAUGUACUCUCACCUCCUCGGCAAGCGGAAGUGGGUUCCUCUCUGGAUGACAUCCAGCACCUAUGUCGGAAAUACAUUGUUUUGAUUCAUCGAAGGAACCCUGUUGUUGAAGCUGAAACGCUCGAGCGAUAUGCCAGACAGGUGACUCUUCAAGGGUUAGGUUGGGAUGGGCCAUCGUGCCAAGUGCUUCUGGCCUGUGCACUUGCCUGUUGCACAUCUUCCUUCGUUCCAUUGAGUGAAAUACCUAACGAUCUCGAUAAUAUUUCCAGUCCGCCUCAGUCAGAUGCGAACGUUGAGCUGGCCGAGGCUUAUUUUCAUGCAGCCGAGCAAAGACUGGGCUCCUUGAACACAUCUCCAACAGAUAUCCAAUGUUUCCUUCUAGCUGGAUCCUAUCAUAGUCACGCUAUUCGCCCGUUACAAGCCUGGUUUUGUUUUCAACAAGCUUCUUGCAGACUAGAAGUUCGUCUACGCUCCUUGCGUCGAGAGCAAUGGACCGCAGAUAUCGACUAUUAUAAUCUCGAAUCACGCCUAUAUUGGUCAUGUAUUCAAGCAGAGCAUGAAAUGCAGGCAGAACUUCCAUUGUGGGGCAGCUGUCUUGAGAGCCUGGGAUAUGCGAAUCAAUUCCCAACCUUCCCGAGAACUUCGUCGGCAUCGAUAUCUCCAGCAGACAGAUUUGGAGAUAAUAAGGAUAUUGUCACGAGGUCAUGGCCUGAAAUGUGUGACACUGACGAUGAAAAGGGAUGGAGGUUCUACAUUGGGUCGAUAUGCAAUCGUCGGACUGUGAACGAUAUGCUCAUUGAUAUGUGGCGAGGUGGGGAGCAAGACUGGGUCAACAAUAUCCAUGGUGUUGUUGAACGGACUUCCGCAGCCGCAGAAGUCAUAUACUCCUGGUACCAAAUGUCACUCAGCGGCCUACCCUCCCCUACACCAGACAAUCAAGAUCUGGAGUUUCUUCUAUACAGCCGCUAUCGCAUGGGUCUCGAGAAAAUCUAUCGCCCAAUUCUCUACCUAGCAGUCCAUUACAGCUUCCUGCCGAGCUAUCUUCAAAACAACACCCAGCUUUUCCAAGAGGUAUUCAACCACGCCCAAAAGGCGCUUCAGAAUUGUGCCGCUCUCAUCCCGAAUCUAUGGUAUCAUUUCCGCCACGAAUGGAUCUGGAAUAUGAUGAGGUGCACCUUUGGAGCCGCGAUCCAAAUCAUCGCAGCAGUCCUCAGUCGGUUGCAGUAUGCGGCCUCGGGUGGAUGGUGUCUUGUUCCUCCGCAUAAUUGGCCUGCAUUGGUGCGUUUGUCAAUUCGAACUUUGAGGGCUUGGUCUGGCGAGUCCAUCGAUUUGGAUAUGAUGAGAUCUACUCUAGAAAGAAUGUACCAAGGCACUUGUCUGUUAGCAGGUAUAAGGUCAGACAUGUAUCCAUCCUAA